CAUCUGUCCUCUCAAUUCGUAACUCAUUUUCUCUCCCUACUCUCACACUCUCUCUCUCUAAAUUCUCUGAUUGCACCCAAGGCAGAGAAAAAGCCAGCAGAGAAGAAACCGGCUGAGGAGAAGAAAAUAGUGGCCGAGAAGGGUCCGGCGGAGAAGAAGCCCAAGACCAGGAAGAGGCUGCCGAAGGAGGUUGGCGCCGCCGCCGAAGACAGGAAAAAGAAGAGGACCAAGAAGAGCGUCAAGACCUACAAGAUCUACAUCUUCAAGGUGCUGAAGCAGGUCCACCCCGACAUCGGGAUCUCGAGCAAGGCCAUGGGGAUCAUGAACAGCUUUAUCAAUGACAUCUUCGAGAAGCUCGCUCAGGAGUCCUCCAGGCUAGUCAAGUACAACAAGAAGCCCACCAUCACCUCUCAGGAGAUCCAGAUUACCGUCAGGCUCAUGCUUCCCGGUGAAUUGGCCAAGCACGCCGUGUCGGAGGGAACCAAGACGAUGAUGAAAUUUACUAGCUCUUGAAUGUUGAUCGCUUUUGGUCUUUAGCAGUAUUAGAUUACUGUUACCAUCGAUCCUUAAAAAAAAAUUGUACCCGGUUGUGAAUAUAAGUUUAUUUUUGUGUAAAAUUGCAACAAUCAGGAUUAUAAAUUAAUUGUGUUGUAAUAUCAGAUGAUGUUUCAUUAGCUAUGUGGUCUGCAAUUCAACAUAUGAUGGAAGUAUCAUUUGAAAAUUGAAUUUGUUUCUAGUAAUAAGAUUUUUUUAUAUUUUAGAUGUCUUA